UUUUCUGUUGUUUGGUGCCUUUAUGAUUCUAGGAAGUUAUGCUGCAGGAAUGUUAGGUUUAAGAACUUCUAAAUUUGCCUUUGGAAAAGACUUGUACAGAGCUUGGGAAGCACAUGAAAAAAUAAGAGGAAGAAGACCCGAAGACAUAUUCGGAAAGUCUGGUGAAGAAAGUACUAGUCGAGCUUCACAAGGAGAACCAUUUGGCAGCACGUGGGAACAAAGAAUGGACCAAGCAAGACAAAAGGAACAAGCAGAUAGAGAACGUAGAGCAAGGGAAGAGUUUCGUUUUCGUAUGGAUGAAGCUAUGAAAGAACAAAUGAAGCAAGCCUAUUAUCGCUUUUAUCGUCGAAGUGGUCCUCAUCUGAAUAACAUUCAUUUUGGUUCAGGAAGUGAUGAAGAAUGGAGAAGGAAGAUAUUCGAAGAGAUAUUGAAAGAAGUACAAGAGUCGAUGAAAAGAGCACAAUACAAAAGUUAUCGUUCACAAAAGUCAGAUAGUGACUCUUUUGAGGCUUGGUUUGGUGGAUUGGGUGGAAACAGAUUUCAAGGAUAUACAAGAGGUUACUUUUAUGAACAAGCAAAAAGAGAACAACAAAGACAAAGAGAGGAAUCAACUUCUGGAGUCUUUUCUGCACCUCGCGGGAAUAUGUAUGAAAAACUUGGUUUACCUUUUGGUGCAUCGAUGGAACAAGUUAAGGAGGCUUAUAGGAAAGCUGCACGAUUAUGGCAUCCUGAUACUUAUCAAGGAAAUGAUCCAAAAAUGGCAGCCUCUCGUUUUAGAGAAGUAAAUGAAGCUUAUGAAUAUUUGAAAGACCCAAGUCGAAAGGAAUCUUAUGAUCGUAAUAGUCGAAUGUAGAAGAAAUCAAGUUGAACAAAA